AUGGAUGUCUCCAUGUAUUCACGCCCCUUAGAAAUGUGGGAUAGUUCGUAUCCAGUAGAUUCUGGAGUCUAUACUCCACGAAUAUCUCGUAGAUACAAGAAAUCAAUCGAUUCACGCGACUACAUACCUGAUUUUCGUAGAGAAACAACAGAUAUGCCUAUUGCUAGUUUUGUUUCUCGAUCUCGGCUAAGAGAGGAAGGAAUCUCAUCUCUAUCAACAUAUCGUCGUGAUGCUACAUUUCCAGAAUCAAAGUUAACACGAGAACGAACAUCGAGCAAACCAAGGUUUUGCUCAUAUCAAAAACUCUGUCGAGAAUAUGUAUGGUCUCUUAAUUGGCCACGAGAAUAUUUCAAUCAUCGUUUUAAUCGUUGUUAUUGUUCUCAAUGUUAUCCAGAGAAUUAUAAAGAUGUAUACAUAACGGCUGAUGAAUUCUAUGUUAUUCCUCGAGGUUGGGUUCGUUUUGGUCUAUAUGUGGACGAAGUUAAAGCAAAUUGUGAAAAUCUAUGGAAUACAUGGAUUGUUACGUAUCAUGGAACACAACUACCAGCAGCUCAAUCUAUCAUCGCUCAUCGUCAGUUUUUAUUACCUGGUGAUACAUGUGAUGAUGGAACGGUAAUUGGUAUUCGUAAAGGUCAUAUACCUGGCAAGAAUCAAGUUUAUACUUCACCGACAAUUAAGUAUUCGGGUUUAGACUGCUACUGUAAGAAAUACCCAUAUCAAGCGAUCAAUGGUCAAUGGUAUCAGGCGAAGAUUGUUCUUCAAUGUCGACAACAGCCUGGUACUUAUGAAACUCAAGGUGAAGCAGUUGGUAGUCGAUCAAAACGAAUCUGUAAUAUAAUACCGAAUGAUAGAAUUGAAAUUUUUACAACUGUGAGAGCAGCAGUCGUACCCUAUGGACUACUCGUACAACUAACACCAAUGUAA